AUGCCGAGCCCAAACCAAAAACCGUUUUCCAUCUCACUAUUCCCCGCCUCGCAAAGGAAGAAAACACCCAUAUCAUUACCCACCACCAAAGCCGCAUCUGAAACUCUAAACCGCCAUCCUCGCACCCUCCAUGACCAUGACUCCGGCAAUGAAGAUAACGAUGAACAACCCAUCGCGGAAGAAGUGACGGCCUUCGACCGCGACGCGGGCGGUGCGAUAAGUGCACACGCGCGUGUGGAGAAGGAGAAACAACCCUUCGUUAUUAAAGUUGAAAGUAAAAAUAACUGGCAGGAAAGGCCGUGGCAACGGAAAAGAAAGGCAUAUAAUUUGUUACCUAGAGAAGUCAGGGCGCAGCGGGAGGCGGAAGCAAAUGCCGCCGCUGGUGCGGGUGGGGAAGGGAGCGUGGAGGUUGAGGGACCAAGCAUGAAAUAUGGACUGAGUCUUGUGGAGAAGCCCAAAUCCGACGAGCGAGAUGGUGGUGAUGUGUCGAUAGUGGAUACGGGUGGUGUGGAUAUACAAAUGGAGGAGAAGGAGGCUGAAGCACCGAAGAAGCAACUGACGCAGGAUGAGAUUGCCUUGCAGGCACUUAUUCGUGAAAGCAGGGGGGAUGGAGAGGAGGCACCAAGGCGAUCCGAUCUUGUUAUACCAGGGAAGAGGAAGGAGAGGGAUGACGAUGAAUAUGGAGAUUAUGGUGUGGAAGGGGAGCAAUUCGAUGAGACAAAAUCAUUCCGUGCUGAUGUUGCUUCAAGACCUGAUCCGGCUAGUCUGGCGGACUAUAGUGCCGUUCCUGUCGAGGAAUUUGGAGCCGCGUUGCUACGCGGUAUGGGAUGGAAGGAUGGGGAGCCCAUUGGUAAAGGCAAAUACGGAAGUUCAAAUGCGAAGCCUAAUGGCCCCGGGUUAAAACCCCGCAUACCGGCGAGAAGGCCUGGGUAUUUGGGAAUUGGGGCCAAGGAACUUCCUGGCAAGGACAAGGGUGGUGCUAGUAGCUCUGAAGUCGAGUUGGGUGCAUGGGGAAAAUCGUCCAUGAGGAAAGGUAAGAAGCCAGGUGAGGGUCUCUAUACACCUGUUCUUAUGCGGAAUAAGAAGACUGGGGAGAUGAUUACGCAGCAGGAGUUUGAAAAGUUGGCGAAGGAAAGGAGUGAAGGGAAAAAGGGAGAGGAGGGAUGGAGGGAAAGAAGGGAUAGGAAUUUAAUGCAAAAUGGGAGAGGUCGGGAUCGCCGUGUUGAGCGGGAUUCUGAAGACGAGAGUGAUGAUGGAAUUGACGGUUUCGAGUCGCGUCGUCGGAAUGGAAGUGGAAUAUCUGGUAGUCGGGAUCGGGAUCGGGGCGGGGAUAGGGAUAGAAAUAGGGACAGAGAUAGGAGGAAACGCUUCGACGAUCGAGAAGGGGUUACAAGUGAUAGCGGGAGAGAUGACUGGCGCCACAAAGAAAGUGAAAGCGAUCGUCGCAACCGGGAUCGGGAGCGAGAGAGAGGCAAAGAUCGAGAAAGAGAACCCAAACACAGGAGCAGUGGGAAAGUAUAUGAUGAUGACUACAAAUCCCGCCAUUCGUCGUCUUCAAGACAUGGUCGUGAUUCUGGAGACCCGCGUCGGGAUAGGGACAAGGACAGGGAUAUGUCUUCAGUGAAAGACCGAAGGGAUCGUUAUGAUGAUGAUAGUAGGCGGCGACCAAAACGUGAGGAGGCGUAUUAA